AUGAAUAUGCGCUGGACUCUGGCCUUGUUGGCCACUUUUCUCCUCGUGGAGGUGUCUCUAGCAUGUAUAUCCAGCGGGAAACCUAAGCCCGAUGAUGGCUGGGGAGAUGGAGGUGACGAGCCUAAUCCUGGUGACGGUGAUGGAGGCGACCGUCCCCGACCCGAUGAUGGAGACGGUGGCGACCGCCCCCGACCCGAUGAUGGAGACGGCGGCGAUAACCCCCCACCCGACGGCGGAGAUGGCGGCGAUAACCCCCCACCCGAUGGCGGAGACGGUGGCGAUAACCCCCCACCCGGUGACGGAGACGGUGGCGACCGUCCCCCUACCGAUGGAGGUGACGAGCAGCCUCGCGAGUAA